AAUUGCUUGAAAUCUGAAAAAGAAAUUAAAAAUUAGGAAGUAAAAAUCUCAUGUGAGCAUGUCAAGUUCAUGUUUUUAUGCUAAUCAAAUACGUAUGUAAAACCAACGACUAAAAUCUUUAUCUCCAUUCAUCAUCUCUCCAUCUUUUCGUCUCCUUGAAUUCCCAAGUCUCCCCUGCAAUGAAGAACAUCAUCAACACAAAUUCUUAUCUUAAAAACCUAGUGAUGAUCAUUAUCUCUCCUCUUUACCUCAUCUUCCUACUCACUAGUUCACUCAUCCUCAUACCCUGUAACUCGCAACCAUUUACUUACAACCCUAGCGUAAACAUUGCCCUUGACUGCGGCUCCUCCGAGGAACACACCUCGCCGGACGGCAGAUAUUGGUUUGGAGAGACCAGUCUCUACCUCUCCCCUUUAGAACAAAAACCUAACAAAUCAAUAGCCCCAUCGGUGAGUGCUCAUGUUCCCUACUCGACAGCACACAUCUCUCUGUCUGAUUUCAGCUACGUAUUUCCGGUCACCGCCCGCCAAAACUUCAUCCGCUUGCACUUCUACGCUUCUCAAUACCCAAAUUUCGACCCCUCCAAAGCCUUCUUCUCCGUCAAAGCCAAUCAAUUCACUCUUCUCAGCAACUUCAGUGCCUUUCUAACAGCUACUUCUCUCGGCUCCUACUUUAUAGUCAAAGAAUUCUGCAUAAACGUAGGAGAUCAAGAUCAUACACUAAACAUCACCUUCACUCCGUCUUUGAUUCCGUUGGAUGCAUACGCUUUCAUCAAUGGAAUUGAAAUUGUCUCCAUGCCUACCAAUCUUUAUUACACAUCGGCAGAGGCUCAAGAUGGUAUUACUUUUGUCGGCCAUGAGCAAACCCCAAUUCGUAUUGAAAAGAGCACUUUUCUUGAGACCGUACACCGAUUGAAUGUUGGUGGAUCAGAUAUUUCACCCGUGAACGACACUGGCAUGUUCCGAAGCUGGUUGAAGGACGACGAUUAUGUGUCAAACAUAGGGGCUCUUCCAGUCAACAACAGCUUUGAAGUUCUCUUUACCAAAGUACCCAGUUACACUGCACCAGCCGAAGUAUAUAUGAGCGCUCGCUCCAUGGGAAACAACAAAACUGUAAACAAAAAAUACAAUCUCACUUGGAAUUUGCCUGUGGAUUCGGGUUUUACUUACCUGGUCAGACUACACUUUUGUGAGUUCCAAGUUGAGGUCACAAAGCAAAGUGACAGGGAAUUCACUAUAUUCAUAGCGGAUAAGACGGCCGAGCCUCAAGCCGAUGUGAUUGUUUGGGCUGGAAGAAACCAUGUCCCGUUUUGCAGAAAUUAUGCAGUGAUGAUGGUGAGUCAAGGAAGAGAUCAGAAGAAACAGAAUUUGUCUAUAGCUCUGCAUCCCAAUCCGGAAUCAACGACUGUUUACCCUGACGCCAUCUUGAAUGGAAUAGAGGUUUUCAAACUCAGUGACUACUCCGUCACUCCUGCCAGACACAACCCUGUCCCAGUUCCACAACCGCGAAGAACUACACUAGUCGCUGCUGCUGUUGUAGGCGGUGUUCUUUCUGGUGUGGCGACACUCUCUCUUCUUGGUUUCUUGAUUUUCCGGCAACGGAGGAGAGUCAAAGAAUCAGGUUCCAGCCAUGGACGUCGAGCAGCAUGUUGGGGCUCCAUCUCCUACCUCGCAACAAAAAAUGACAAAAUGGGUGGCUCACUUCUACCGUCAGAUUCUUGUCGUUAUUUUACUUUUGCUGAAAUCAAAGCCGCUACAAAUAACUUUGACAAUGCUUUUAUCAUUGGACGUGGAGGCUUUGGCGAUGUGUACAGAGGGUAUAUAAAUUGCAGAGCCACCCCGGUUGCGAUAAAACGGUUGAAACAAGGGUCCCAACAAGGGGCUCAUGAGUUCAAGACGGAAAUCGAGAUGCUCUCUCAACUCCGUCAUCUCCAUCUGGUGUCUCUAAUUGGUUAUUGCAACGAGAAACAUGAGAUGAUUCUUGUGUAUGACUACAUGUCUAAUGGGACUCUGAGUGAUCAUCUCUACGGCACUAACAAUCCUCCACUCCCGUGGAAGCAACGGCUCGAGAUCUGCAUUGGCGCUGGGCGUGGCCUGCAUUACCUCCAUGCAUGUGCAAAACACAGGGUCAUUCACCGCGACGUGAAGACGACCAAUAUUUUAUUGGAUGAUAAAUGGGUAGCCAAGGUUUCCGAUUUCGGAUUGUCAAAAAUUAACCCCACCGACGCCUCCAACACCCACAUCAGUACCGCGGUGAAGGGUAGUUUUGGGUAUUUGGAUCCGGAAUACUAUCAACGUCAGCAACUGACAGAGAAGUCUGACGUGUACUCUUUUGGAGUGGUAUUGCUUGAGGUAUUGUCUGGUAGAGCACCACUGAAUAAGGCACUGGAGAUAGAUCAAGUGAGCUUAGUUUUAUGGGCCCGCAAAUGUUAUCAGAACGGUACCCUUGAUCAGAUCAUUGAUCCGCAUCUGAUCGGAAACAUCGAGCCUGAAUGUUUGAAGAAAUUCACGGAGAUAGCGGUGAGGUGUUUGCAUGAUGAGGGAAUCAAACGGCCGUCAAUGAAUGAAGUCGUGUGGACCCUGGAGUUUGCGUUGCAGCUACAGGUGAGUGAGAAGGAUGGAAUCAAGAUCGAUGGUGGGAUGAGUUUUACAACUAAUAGGUUUGAUAAAGUGUCCUCAGCUGAUGUGUUCUCAGAGAUUAUGAAACCUUGUGGGCGUUGAAAUGUGGUGCGCCAAAAGCUGUUAUCUAUUAAGGUUAAAGACUCCCCCGUUGCUAGAAGGCUGAUGCUAGACUGGGAUUUGCCGGCUUUCAUUCGUCCGCCACUUGAGCCGCCGGAUCUCGACUCUUGGGGUUUUUACCCUAAAUGUUCUCACCAGAACGUGAUUGCUUUUAGCGUUGUGUUUUGCCCUAGACAUGAAUACUCUAGUUCACCUAUAUUAGACUAGAAACGUCUUCGUCUUUUGGUUUAGGCCUUGUGUAUACACAUUUGUUUUUUGUGAUUUGGCAAGCCCAUCAUUCGUGGACUUGGCCCAAAGUGGAGGCUUGCCUCCGUUUGUAUUACUGUACCUUUUAAUAUAUAAAAUCACCCUUAUCUUCAGAAAAAAAAAAAUAAAUAAAUAAAUAAAUAAAUAAAUAAAUAAAUAAAUAAAAGAUAAAAAAUUGUUAAAAGUAGGUAGACAAACUAUAUAUUGUAUUGAUGUAAUAAUGUAAGAGAGGAGAACAAGUAAACUUUAUAUAUGAUAAUGAGAUAUAUGAUAAUGUUAUAUAUAAUAAUAGUAGACAAAGAUAG